GAUGAGGAAAACAUCUGUCUAGCUUCUGGCCUGCGGGAGGCCUGAAGUCUCCUCCCACCCCAGGCAGAGCUCAGCUUUGGCCCUGUGCCUGAGGUGGAGUGUCCUUGUACUUAUCUGGGCUGAUGAAACCACAGAGGAGCUCUGUUUCCCACCACCCUUGUCCACGUGGCUCCCAGUGUCAGGCCUGUCGAGAGCGCCUCACUUCCCACGGCCACUGGGCUCUGCUUCUCCUCUCCCGCAGAGGGGCGGGCACCGGCCGAUUCACCAGACGUCGAGUGUGGGCCUCACAGGGGUGCCCUGCCAGGCAUUUUUAAACAUUCUCAGCCUAGAACAUUUCUGGCUGGCCUGUCUUCUCCACCCCACCCCCUCCAUUCUCACCGCCCCAGAGCCCUUCCACUGGCUUGGACAACCCAAGCAUCCGCCUCAAGCAGACAGGCCAGGAGUUCCCUGCCAGAUGUCAGUUCUCUUGAAAACCAAACCAUAAAGGGAAUAGCUUGGAGAGACAAGGGGCGUUUGUUUCCUCAGGCCUGGUUUCUCUCAGGCGGUUGGCUCCACAGCCGGUGCUCACCAGCUUAGCUAUGAGAGGAACAGCGGUGGACUCGGGCCGGGGUGCUCAGAUGUGGAAGUGCCGAUCCGACCCCGUUCUCCACAUUGACCUGCGGAGGUGGGCAGAUCUCAUGCUGGUGGCUCCUCUUGAUGCCAACACCCUGGGGAAGGUGGCCAGUGGUAUAUGUGACAACUUGCUUACCUGUGUCAUCCGGGCCUGGGACUGCCGAAAGCCCCUGCUCUUCUGCCCGGCGAUGAACACCGUCAUGUGGGAGCAUCCCGUCACCGCGCAGCAGGUGGGCCUGCUCAAGGCCUUCGGCUAUGUGGAGAUUCCUUGUGUGGCCAAGAAGUUGGUGUGUGGAGAUGAAGGUCUAGGGGCCAUGGCUGAGGUGGGCACCAUUGUGGACAAGGUGAAAGAAGUCCUCUUCUGUCGUGACGGCUCUCAGCAGAGCUGAACCUGGGAUUUCUGUUGUUUGUAUCCUUCUGCACCCUGCGUGUUUUCAGGCCAAGUCUAUGAAGAAGAUGGACAUCGGCAAAAUACGGUGAAGACUUCUGGGUUUACUGAGUAGGGGUGUAGCCUGGGCCUGCUCCAGAGCCUCCCCAGGGGCCUCACUUGCCUCAGAUUAAAUUAGACCAAAGGCCCAGAUCUCAACUUCUUUCCAACUAAGAGAUGGCUGCAUUCUGGGCCCCUCCCCACCUUCUCCUGGGAUAGGCAUAGCAAGCUGCUGCUGUGUGGCCCUGUGCUCUGGGAAGGGGACUGAGGGAGGACUGAGAAACCUUGAUUCUGCAUCGUGCAGGGGAGCCACUUCAGCUCCUUGGUGGGGUGCCCAGCUGCCAUGCAGAGAGUCAGGGAAGCCUGUAAGUUGGCAAGAUGCCAAGUUUCUCCACAGACCAUGCUGUGAGAUCGGGGGUACUGGGGAAUAAAGAAGAGUGACUUUUA